GCUGCGUCCGGCAGGUGGCGCCGGGCUUUAGCCACCGACCCCCCCGGACAGGAAGUCAGGCGGCGCGGGCCACGGCCAUAUUUGCUAGCCGGCUGUGAGCCUCCGCGUCCGGCGUCCAAAUGCUCGGCAGAAACCGUUCGCAUGCGCUAGAAAGUGGCUGUUUUUUUCGCGGAAACCUAAGGGAAGAUGUCGAACAGAAAGCGAGCCAGUGAAAAGGACGAACGACGAGAGCACAAGAAGCACAAGUCGUCCAAAAAUGAUUUGGAGAAACUCAAGACGCACACCAAGAAACUCAGCCAAGAGGUCCAGCAGCUGAAACACGUCGAGACUUUCUAUGAGAAACCUCCCCCGGGACUUAUUAAGGAGCAUGAGGAGAAACCGGAGGACUGCAUUCCGGCCGAACCAGGAAACGAGGCGGCCCGGAGCUUCCUUGCGCAUGCGCCCACCAGAGGGCUGUGGAUGCCUCUGGGGAAGGAGGUGAAGGUGAUGCAGUGCUGGAGGUGCAAACGCUACGGCCACCGGACGGGAGACAGGGAGUGCCCCUUCUUCAUCAAAGGCAACCAGAAACUGGAGCAGUUCAGAGUGGCUCAUGAAGACCCCAUGUAUGAUAUAAUUCGGGAAAACAAGCGGAACGAGAAGGAAACCAGGUAUGUGAUCCAGCAGCUCCAGCAGCUGCUCCAGGACACCACCUCCUCCGACUCGGACAGCUCCACCUCCACCUCCUCCUCCUCUUCCUCUUCUUCCUCGCACCACCACAGCAAGAAGACGAAAAAGAGGAAGGAUAAGAAGAAGAAAGACAAGAAGAAGAGAAAGAGGAAGCGAAAGCACAAGUCCUCAAAAACCAGCUCGGACUCAGACUGA